AUGUCCAAUCCAGAAGACGCAGCCAUGGAUCCUCCCACCGACACUACCACCGCCGACGCUCCCCCCUCCCUCGGCACCCUCACCACCAAGCUGGCCGACCUCAAAGCCAGCGCGACGCAGCAGUAUUCUCUGAAGAACUACCCGGCCGCAGCAGAGUUCUAUAGCGAAGCGGCCGAAGUACAGGAUCAGCUACAUGGCGAGAUGUCUCCUGAAAAUGCCGACCUACUGUAUCAGUAUGGGCGGUGCUUGUACCACGUCGCGGUGAGCAACAGUGAUGUGCUAGGCGGCAAGGUCGCGAGCUCCGAGGAGCCGAAGAGGAAGAAGAGGAAGACUGUCAAGGCGGAGGGGAAUGGAGAAGGGAGCAGUAAAGCGGGCACAGGCUUGAUCGGGAACGCGAUGAAGGGGGGCGGGGCGACAGCUGUCGACGGGAAAGCGGAGGUCAAGAAGGAGGAUGGCGACGCGGCGGCAGCGAAUAAGCCGUACUUCCAGAUCACAGGCGACGAGAACUGGACGGAUUCAGAAGACUCCGAGGACGAGGACGCGGCUGCAGACGCAGAAGCAGAGGAGGAGGAAGACGACUUCGCCAUCGCGUACGAGAUCCUUGAUGUCGCGCGCGUGCUCCUACAACGCAAGCUGGAACAACAAGAUGGCGACGUAGAACAGCAGCGACAGAUACAAGAGCGACUAGCAGACACCCACGAUCUGCAAGCAGAAAUCAACCUCGAGAACGAACGCUUCACGGACGCCAUCAACGACACCCGCGACGCUCUGAAACUGAAACUCGCCCUCUACCCCGAAGAAAGCAGCAUCCUCGCCGAAGCCCACUUCAAGCUCUCCCUCGCCCUCGAAUUCGCCUCCGUCACCUCCACCUCCGAGGACAGCGCCCCCGCCGCAGAUGGCGCGAACGAAAGCACCGCCCAAGUCGACACCGCCCUCCGCGCCGAAGCCGCGUCAGAAAUGGAGUUGGCAAUCGCCUCCUGCACCGCUCGCAUCGCCAAAGAAACCGCCGUCCUCUCCACUCUCGACGCCAACCCUUCCAAGCGCGCGGAGCAAGAACGCAGUAUCGCUGACGUCAAAGAAAUGGUCGCUGACAUGAAGCAACGGCUCGUCGAUUUGCGGAACCCUGCAGUGUCGCUAAGCGGGAUGAACGCUACCCCCGAAGUAGGAGAUGGGAGUGGGGUGGCGUUAAAAGGAGUUCUGGGCGCGAUGUUGGGGGAAGGUGGGGAGGGGAGGAAGCAGAAGCUCGAGGAGGUGACGAAGGGGGCGAAUGAUUUGAGCGGGAUGGUUAAGAAGAGGAAGAAAGUGGAGGUGGAGGCGCCUGUGGCGGGGCAGGAGGGGGAGAAGGUGGUGGAGGGGAAGGGUAAGAGGAAGGUUGGGGAUGUUGAAGGGGGGAGUGAGGAAGGGGUGGGGAAGAAGGUUAAGUUUGCUGAGGAGGGGGCUUGA